UCCUUGCUUCUUAGGAAGCCGGUAAAAGCUGCCUUGUGCAAGUUGUCCUCCUGUCCUUGCUAACGAGUGAUCAGAGAUGGUCUCUUUCUCCAGCAGGUUUAGCACACUGGAAGCAUGGCUACAAGCGCCGUUCCCAGCGAAAACCUCCCCACGUACAAGCUGGUGGUGGUUGGAGACGGUGGUGUGGGGAAGAGCGCUCUCACCAUUCAGUUUUUCCAGAAGAUUUUUGUGCCGGACUAUGACCCGACUAUUGAAGACUCCUACCUGAAGCACACGGAAAUAGAUGGGCAAUGGGCAAUUCUUGAUGUUCUGGAUACUGCAGGCCAAGAGGAGUUCAGUGCAAUGCGGGAGCAGUACAUGAGGACCGGAGACGGUUUCCUCAUAGUCUACUCGGUGACGGACAAGGCUAGCUUCGAGCACGUGGACCGGUUCCACCAGCUGAUCCUCAGAGUGAAGGACAGAGAGUCCUUUCCAAUGAUUUUGGUGGCGAACAAAGUUGAUCUAAUGCAUUUACGGAAAAUUACAAGAGAACAGGGAAGAGAAAUGGCAACAAAACAUAAUAUUCCCUAUAUAGAAACUAGUGCCAAGGACCCACCUCUGAAUGUUGACAAGGCCUUCCACGAUCUCGUGAGGGUAAUAAGGCAACAGAUCCCAGAGAAAAGCCAGAAGAAGAAGAAAAAGACUAAAUGGCGAGGGGACAGAGCCACGGGCUCCCACAAACUGCAGUGCGUGAUUUUGUGAUGGGACCCCCUGGGAGUGCCUUGGACGCCUCCCUCCUCCCCCCUUGACCCACCGCCAACCCAGGCGAGGAGCAGUAGCGCGAUGCCCACGAAGCCCCGCCGUCCCUUGGGCUCCCCACAGCAGCUCGGGCUCGGAGGAGGUGGCUCGGUGGGGUCUGGACCCCUUCGGAGGGGGGCUGUGCGUCGGGGCCAGCGUGGGAGCCACACGAUCAGGAGGCGGAAGGGAUCAGCAGGACCUUGACUCUCGAACAUCCCCAGCGCCUUCCAGGGGCCUCCAUGAUGUUUAU